UGCGGCGCGCGACACUUGUGGAAUACGCGAGAAAGAGACAGUGACAGAGAGCCUAGCUCCAAGGAUAACAGUUAACUUUUUUUUGUGUGCUGUUUUUUGCUAUUUUUUGCUGUUGUUUUUUGUUUUUGUGGCCGUGAGAAUGCAGUUUGGAAGAAUCCCGUUAGCCGUGGCUCUGCUCAGCUGCUGCUGCUGCUGCGCUCUGCUCGUCGAUGCCGAGGCCCCCAUCAAUGCCGCCGCCGCUAAGCAGGCCCCCGCCCCAGCCGUCACGACCAACAAACUGAAGCGGGAUGCCGGCCUGAGCUUUGGCAGCGGCCUCUACCACGGCCCCUCGCACAAGUACCUGCCGCCCGGACCAUCCCACUCCUCCUCCUACGACUCGGGCUUCGGCUACGCCUCGGCACUUCACGGAAACGGACUUUCGUCCAGCAGCGGCUACGACUUCGGGCACGCGGAUAGCACGCUGGAGAGCUACGGAGGACACCACUACGGAGGACACUCCUCCCACGGCAGGCCCCACUACAGCAGCAGCAGCAGCAGCGGUGGCUUUGGCGGUGGCUUCGGCGGUGGACACCACCAUCAGGGUCCCAAGGUGGAGACGUACAUUGUGCAGACGAGCGGUGGAUCUGGCUCCGGGCAUGGCCACGGCUAUCACGGACACGGGCCAAGUCACGGACCCAGCCAUGGCACUGGACACACCUACGGCUACAGUCAUGGAUAUGGACAGGGCCACGGAUCUGGAUCUGGAUCAGUAUCUGGCGCUGGCCUGGGCUACAAGUACGCCUCUCAUGGAUCCACGGGUGGAGGCGGCGGAGGAGGCUACCUGAGUCUCCUGGGUGGCCACAAGCCCAGCAGCACCUACCUGGUGGCCGGUCCAGAGUAUUCGCACAGCAGUCAUCACGGCGGAUCGGCAGGCGGACGUCCGAGCUAUGCCAUCUCCUCCUCGCACUCCUCGGCUGGUCACGGCUUCAGUCACGGAUUCGGCGGCCAUGGACUGAGCCACGGACCCAGCCAUGGCCAUGCCCUGGAGCACGGAUCCAGCCACGGGCACGCAAUAGAGCAGGCCCUGGAGCAGGGACUGAGCCACGCCCUGAGUCUUGGCCAUGGAGCAGUGCAGCUGGGCGGCUAUGCCCAUCAGGGCCCCUCAUCCCAUCCCUCACUGGAGCAUCAUCUGGGCGGAGAGGAGACCUCCGGCUACAGCUACGAGGCGCCCAGCAUUGGCUUUGGCAAAUCACCGCCGCUGAGCAGCUACGGAGUUCCGCUGCUGCCCGGCUAUGAACAUCAGCAGCAUCCACAGCAUCCGCUGCCCGAUCAAGUGCAGGUCCAGGUACUCGAAGAGCAGGAGCACAAGGCAGAGCAGGCGGCGGAGGAGCACCAGACGCCCAUUUACGCCCUGGGCCACAAGGGUCUGGGCCACUUUAGCUACACGGCCAGCAAGCCACAGGCCCUGCACACCGAUGUCCUGUCCAAUGGUGGUGGUGGUGGUGGUGGCCACCACCACUCCAAUGAUAUUUCCCUCAACGAGCUGUCCAAGGCGCCCUUCAAGCCCAGCGCCUUCCUGGGGGCCAAGCACGAGACCAGCUCCGGCUCUGGCGCUGGCUAUGACUAUGCCACGCCCAGCAAUCAGUAUCUGCAGCCGCCAACAUCGUCGGGAUAUGACUACCAGACACCACCGCAACAGGUGCUGUACGGGGCGCCGGGCCACUCGGGUGACUCGGCCACGCCCAUUUUCGAGCCAGAGGCCACCUACCUGCCGCCCGUGCCCACCCACGGAUAUCAUUAAAUUAUUUAACUAGUUUUACGAGCUGCAAGCGCAACAAUCUAUUGUAAUUUUUUUUUAUAUCGAAAUAAUAAUAA